AAUAUGGCAUCUAAAAUAAUGUUUAAAAAGCUUAUUAUAUUAAACAGAGCCUCCAAGAUUCUAGCAGUGACCCAAGGUCUCCAAAGAAGAUUGUGAGGCACCAUGAUGUCUCCACCUGGAUUACAAUGAUGCUGACCACUGGGCGAGAUGCCCCAGUGCAACUCCUGCUGCCAGGACCCGGUUCAGAUUGUGGACAAACAGCAGGACAUGGGAGAUAUGAUUACACCACUUUUCCAAGACAAAAUAAGCUUGUAGGACUACCAGGGUCUGGUGGAGCAGAGUGAGUUCCAAGAAUGACCUGGAAGGGCCGAAGUACACUGUUUCUGUGGGCGUGGAAACCUCACAGGGAUAAAAGCAGGUAAAUUCUGGCGCAUUUGGCAGAAAACAAGCUGAAGGCACGGCUUAUUCUCUCCUGAUUCUGCUGCCCAUGGUCCCUGAGGGCUCAGCUGCAGAUACACACUCUCUUCAUUGUGACAUCAUUGUCAAGGCUCGUACCACAGCUGGACAGCCCUGGUGUGAAGAACAGUGCUCACUGGAUGGAGUACUUUUCCUUAAGUAUAAUAACAGAAAAUUCACACCUUUGGGUAACCGGGGAAAUGCAGUAAAUGGGACUCAAGUGUGGACAGAUAUGACCCAAAGGUUGAACUACUUGGGGCAAGAGCUCAGGAAGAUGUUGGCUAACUCCAUACAAGAGAUGACUGAGACCAGUGGUCCCCCCACUUUACAAGUCAUCAUGCUCUGUAAGUAUAAACAAGAACAAAUUGUUGGUGCCUCCUGGCGAUUUAACAUCCGUGGAAAGUACUUCAUCUUCAACACAAUGAAUAUGAACUGGACACUGAUUGAUCCUGAAGCUGGUGGUGUCAUGAGUAAAUGGAAGGAUGAUGCACAAUUCACAAAAGAUCUCAGGACAAUAUCCACAGCAGACUGCAGGCACUGGCUCAAGGAACUCUUAAAGCACCAGAAGGAAAAGCCAAGAUCAACAUCAAGGGUCCCAGAUAUCACCCAACUUCUGUCUGCCAUAAAUACCACCCAGUUUCAGCAUGAGAAAGCAUUUAUUGUCACGGCAUCAGUCAUUGCCAUCAUAUUACCUUUAGUUGUUGGGAUUCUUGUGAAGAAUUGUUGACCCCAAAGAGACUGCAGGAAGAGAGAGCGUAUACUGGACUUGUCUUGAAUUUCUGAAACCUCGAAGUCCACCCUUUGUGAUACACUUCCUCUAACAAGGUCACACCCAUUCCAACAAGAUCGUACCACUUCCUACAUGCCAAUGGGUCAAUUUUCAUUCAAACAAAUUGCUCCAAGUUCAUUGCAUUCAUAAAGUUUCUUGUCAGUAUGGA